AUGUCUGAUUCGCCCUUAGCAAUCUCUCGCCGGCAACGCGAACUUAGUAUCAAUCCAGCGCCUGCCGCGUCUAGCCUUUCUACGACUGUACUUGGUCUCACCGUCAAUCGUUCAGUACAGUCGAUCAUACAUCGCUUGCCCCGCGAGAUCAUCCAGAAGAUCUUCUACGAGCUGCUCCCAUCGAACUUGAACCAAGACCCUCCGCAUACUCUCCAUCUCCGUCGUCGCGGUGCACGGCCGAACUGGCUUGUGGUUGCACAUGUUUGCAGGGAAUGGCGGUCGGCCAGUGUCGAGUGGAAGUCCUUCUGGACGUACAUGCCGCUCGAGAGCUUCGGUUGGACGCAACGCGCCCUGGCCCUCUCCCGGGACCAGCCCAUUCUCAUUGAUUCGGGCGUAGGCGUCAGGCCGACGACCACGGAUCCCGCUGCACUUUCUCUCGCCCUUACUAGCGCGUCCCGCGCGAAGCAGAUCUCUAUUGCAUCUCGCGAAGCCGCAUCCCUCAUCCAGUCGCUCGAGGUCCUGCGUACCACCGAUGUGCCGCUGUUGGAGCGCCUUGAGAUCAUGUUGCUCAUGCCCGGCGCUGAGCCUCGUCCCGCUAUCCCGGUCGACAUCUUCCAGGGUUCUACUCCCGAGAAGCUGCGCAUCCUCGUCGUGAUGGACGUUCUCUGUCCCAUGAACGCGAACAUCUACAGCACAUCGCUCACGCAUCUCGAAAUGGCAUUCAACCGUCCCGCUUGGGAGAACCUCGGUAGUUUCUUCGAUACCGUCGAGUCGCUGCCCAACCUCGAGUAUCUCGCGCUCAUGCGCGGCGCCGUUCUGCCGUCGUGGCAAUCGGGUGAUCCUCAUAUCAUUGGCAAGCCGCGCAAGAUCAAGCUCCAACGAUGCCGCACUCUCCGCCUCAACGGCGACUCAUGCGUCGUCCUACGGUGCUUGGAAACUCUCGAGGCGCCGAAUAACGAAGUCGGCUGCCUGGUGUUUGGUUACGAGCGCAACAUCGAAGGCCAGCCUGCGCACGCUCACUGGGAUGGUCUUCUCACUAUCCCAUCUGCUCUCCAGUCCGCGUUUGGCAUUGAAGCCGACAAGCCGAGCGCUUCGAUGCGCCAUCUCGUCAUGACCUCUGGCAUGCAGCCUCUUUGGCAGACGCUCGGCGAGAUGACGGCGUUUCUGCACACCGUGCCGGAUCUCACCACGUUCAUUGUGCGGUGUUCGCCAUGGUUUGAGCUCCCAGGGCCAGAUGAUGGUGUCGAGCCGGUUCGCAUGGAGGCCAUGGAGCGCUUACACCUUUGGUCGCGCUUUCCGCGACUCCUCUCGACGCUCUCGCAGUACAUCGAGGUACCUCAGACAGCAGAGAGGCUUGUCACUGUCGACGGCGGACCUCCCGAGGGCAUGUCGCUGCCCGACUUCACGACCUCGCUCCGUGAGGCCUUCGGGUUGUUCAACUGGGCGCCAGGAAUGGGCGGACCGUCGUACACGCAGGUGACGGUAUCCGAGUUGCAGGACCGCUUUUUCCUCGGAGUCAGCGUCACGGUUUCGCAUCCGACAGCGCCUGGGCCUGGCGAGAUGGCGUUGCCGCCACGGAUGGAGCUCAACAUUCCACUCUUCACGCUCGGCGUCCCCGCUGCCCAUCCGCCGCGUGAGACCGUCGAGCGUCUGGCUGACCUCACGGAAGCCGUUAUGCGCGAUGUCUUCCCGCUGCAUGGCUGCCUCACCGCGCGGGUCUCGAGUCUACUCUUCGAGGAAGACGCGAUGUGGACUCGCGCGUUCAAUCAUCUCAAGACCGUCGAGCAGGUGCAUGCGGGGCCCGGCGUGAAGAUGGCCUCCACUGCCGCGUAUAUGCUUUGGCAGACACGCUUGCCUCCGCGCACGGAGCCGCUCCUUCCCGCCAUCCAGAUGCUUCACGUCGCAUGCGUCGACUUCCGGGAUCCGCUCGCGCCGUUCCUUCAGAGCACGCGCUGCCCCCUCAGCAAGAGUCGGCCGGAGUACGCGCUCGAGAUCGAGCGCUCGUUCAUUGAUGAGGAGAUCUUGCAUCAGCUCAGUCGACCGUUUGACCGUCUCCAUUGGGAUGGGCUGAAGGACGAGUCUGCAAUCUAUCCCGAUCGGCGCUGGCGGAGGGAGCCCGUGCAUGCAAUUGCGCUCACCCCCGCCGCCGCGGUUGCUGCGUAG